UUCCACCCGACUCGAUCCGACCCCAUGGAGACGAAACAGCACCUCACGGCCUUUGCACAUACCCAUAUAUCUCUCUCACUCCUCCUCCCUGCCGGAGCUCCCUGCUCUCGGUCUUGGUCUCGGCGUAAAUCAAGCAGCCCGGACGCUCUCUAGCCAGCACUACAGCAGCCAUUAAUUGGAGUCCGGCUGAUCGAUUGAGGAGGCCGGGCGGCGGCAUACAUGGAUCGCGGUGCUGAUGAGCAGGGCGGCCAUGGCGACGCGGCGGAGUGGAAGAAGGUGGCUGAGCUUAGGGCCGUCGUCGAGGCCCAGGACCCCGCUGCCAAGGAGGAAGACGACUUUGCUCUGCGGAGGUUCCUACGAGCUCGGGACCACAACAUCAGCAAGGCGUCGGCGAUGUUCCUCAAGUACUUGAGCUGGAAACGCGUCGUCAAGCCUGGCGGUUCCAUCACCGACGAGGAGGUGCGCGGCGAGCUCGUGCAAGAGAAGCUCUAUAUGCAGGGCAUCGACAAGAAGGGACGUCCGUUGGUGUACCUCUUCCUCGCCCGCCACUUCCCCGCCAAGCGUGACCUCGACGAGUUCAAGCGCUACGUCGUCUACAUCCUCGACAACACCUGCACCAGGUUGUCGGCUGGACAGGAGAAGUUUGCGGUGGUGGUGGAGCUCCGGGGUUGGGGGUACGCGAACUGCGACAUCCGUGCGUACGUGGCGGCGCUGGACAUCAUGCAGAGCUACUACCCGGAGCGGCUGGGGCGGGCGCUCCUGAUCCACGUGCCCUACGUGUUCAUGGCGGCCUGGAAGAUGCUGUACCCCUUCAUCGACGACAAGACCAAGGAGAAGUUCGUGUUCGUCGCCGACAAGGACCUCGACGCCACGCUCCGUGACUCCGUCGACGAGUCCCAGCUGCCCGAGGAGUACGGCGGCACGCUCGAGCUCCAGGGCUACAACGAUUCGUCACGGCCGUCGCCGUGCAAUUAACUAUGGAUGAAUGGUAUGAGCAUGGACGGGCACCGGUCCACUUGAUCUUGCACCGUGUUUCUUGAAAACUUGUUUUGAACACAGUACAUACGCGAGCGCUCGUAUGAACGCGCAUACACCUUCUAGUAAUGAUACCUGGACGUGCAAUGCAAUGCAUGCUGACUGUACAUGUACCUGGCCAGUGUGCCGUGUAUACACCGAUAACGGACGGGUGGUCCGGUGCUCUUUUU